UCUCCCAUCUGCGAAAGCCGAGGGAGAGCCAGCAACAAAAUUCCAAAAUCAUUUCAUUCAUCAGGCUUCGGAUCAUGUGAUUCGGAUCAACUGUACCCAAAUUUCUUUUAAUUCAUCGAUAAAGGCCCAAGAGUUAUUCGUAAUCUUAUUACCCUCUUCGAUCUAACUUCAAUUUCUCUUCUCGAGACGACAUGACUAGGCGGUGCUCCCAUUGCAGCCAUAAUGGCCACAACUCCAGGACCUGUCCUAACCGUGGAGUCAAGCUAUUCGGAGUCCGAUUGACUGAUGGGUCGAUCCGGAAGAGUGCUAGUAUGGGCAAUCUUAGCCACUACGCCGGUUCGAGUUCGGGGCCCCAUCAGACCGGGGGUAACACUCCGGCUUCUCCCGGCGAGACACCUGAUCACGGUGCGGCCGCAGACGGUUACGCCUCUGAGGACUUUGUACCUGGGUCGUCCUCAAGUUCACGUGAAAGAAAAAAGGGUGUUCCAUGGACUGAGGAGGAACAUAGGAUGUUUCUACUUGGGUUGCAGAAGCUAGGCAAAGGUGAUUGGCGUGGAAUUGCACGUAAUUAUGUUAUAUCAAGGACACCUACUCAAGUAGCCAGCCAUGCUCAGAAAUAUUUCAUUAGGCAAACCAAUGUGUCUAGGCGAAAAAGACGUUCCAGCUUGUUUGAUAUUGCCGCAGAGGAACCAACCGACACGCCCAUGGCAACACAAGACCUCCAGUCAGCUGAUCAGCCAAAUGCUGAAGCAGAAUGCAAUAACCCUUUGCCUGAUCCUCCAGCCCUUGACGAAGAAUAUGAGUCCAUGGAUUCCACUAAUUCAAAUGAUGGAGAGUCUGCCUCUUUGAAGCCGGACAGCACACAGUCACAAACACAGUCAUCAUACCCAGUGGUAUAUCCUGCAUACUUCUCUCCGGUCUUCCCUUUCCCAAUGCCCUAUUGGUCAGGAUACAUGCCAGAACCCAGUAAGAAGGAGGAGACACAUGAGGUGCUGAAGCCUACUGCGGUGCAUUCUAAGAGCCCAAUCAAUGUUGAUGAGCUGGUGGGUAUGUCAAAACUGAGUUUAGGAGACUCUAUUGGUGACUCUGGACCUUCCUCUCUGUCACUGAAACUCCUUCAAGGACCCUCGAGACAGUCGGCUUUUCAUGCAACCCCGGCAUGUGAGAAUUCCGAUGCAAAUGGCAGUGUGAUCCAUGCGCUGUAAGUUGGAGACUGAAGGCUAGCUCAAUUAGGUUGGGCAUUGCCUUAUUAAUUAUAUCAUAUAUAUGUGGUUGUGAAUUAACCUUAAUAAUUUCUGCCUUUGACAGUGUUUUAACUUAGCUUGUUUCCUUUGGCGGUAGGCAGUAGCAAAUAGGGAAAUUACUCGGAUUCUAUAAACUUUGUUAUUUGUUUUAUGUAAAGCAGAUUGUGCAGAAUGACAAUCAAGUUCUAAGCUGUGUUUUCAAACUACCA